AGGGAAAGGCAGCACCGGGCCCCAAGCUGUACGCGGGGAGCGGCGGCAGCCUCGGCCUGGGCAGCGCCCAGUGGCGGCUGCGGGAAGCAGAGGGAGCCCGGCGCGGGCGGGGAGCGUGCGUCGGUUCGCACAGGCAGCGGGAGGAGGGGCCGCGCGAGCCAUGGCCGGGGACAGCGAGCAGACCCUGCAGAACCACCAGCAGCCCAACGGCGGCGAGCCCUUCCUGAUCGGCGUCAGCGGGGGCACGGCCAGCGGCAAGUCUUCCGUUUGUGCUAAGAUUGUGCAGCUUCUGGGACAGAACGAGGUGGACUAUCGCCAGAAGCAGGUGGUCAUCCUCAGCCAGGAUAGCUUCUACCGUGUCCUCACGUCAGAGCAGAAGGCCAAAGCCCUGAAGGGCCAGUUCAAUUUUGAUCACCCAGAUGCCUUUGACAAUGAACUCAUCUUCAAGACACUCAAAGAAAUCACGGAAGGGAAAACGGUCCAGAUUCCUGUGUACGACUUUGUUUCCCAUUCCCGGAAGGAGGAGACGGUUACUGUCUACCCCGCAGACGUGGUGCUCUUCGAAGGGAUCCUGGCCUUCUACUCCCAGGAGGUGCGAGACCUGUUUCAGAUGAAGCUUUUUGUGGACACAGAUGCGGACACCCGGCUCUCCCGCAGAGUAUUAAGGGACAUCAGCGAAAGAGGGAGGGACCUUGAGCAGAUUUUAUCUCAGUACAUUACAUUCGUCAAACCUGCCUUUGAGGAAUUCUGCUUGCCAACAAAGAAAUACGCUGACGUGAUCAUUCCUAGAGGUGCAGAUAAUCUCGUGGCCAUCAACCUCAUCGUGCAGCACAUCCAGGACAUCCUGAACGGGGGGAUCUCCAAGCGGCAGACCAACGGCUAUCUCAACGGCUACACCCCUUCACGCAAGAGGCAGGCCUCGGAGUCCAGCAGCCGGCCCCACUGACCCCGUCUCCAGGGGCCCGGAGGAGGGGGCAGGAGGCACUGUGCACCCAUGCAUAUGGUUUCCUGUGACAUUGCUGUAUUUAAGAAAACACCACGGAGAUGAAAUGCCUUUUUUUUUUUUUUUUUGGUACUUUGGAGCGAUGAAUUGAAACACAAGUUGACCCUGAGCUUAAAUGACAAACUGUGCCAACUACUACUGGUGAUGCCUAAUUAUGAGUCCAACGUGUAACCAGUUAUAAAUACAUAUAUAUAUAUACAUAUAUAUAUAUAUAUAAAAGGAUCUAUUUUUGUGUAAAUGUACAAAUACUGUACAGCUGUUUGCCGUAAGUAUUCUGCAGGAGGGCCUGUCCUUCAGUGUGUUGGGGGCUGGACCUGGGGUUUCACUGGAGGCCUGGUGCCCGGCGUGUGCCCGGCAGGGCAGGUUCAGGUGGCUGUGGAAGGGAGGCUCAGGGCUCAUGGCUCUCAACAUCUGUGCGACUCACUGGAAGUGGAGUUUGGAAACUUUGAUCGCCUCCCCUGUCAGAUGCUACCUUCUUGGAGCUGGAGCUUUAGGAUAAUGUGGAUAAGAGGUCCUCUUUUAUUUUUUCUUCUCUCUCUUUUUUUUUUUUCUGAGUUGAAAUUAGGCAAGACCUCAAUUAAAAAAUCAAACUCAGGGAAGAAGCCCACUGCAGGGCAUGAGUCUUCUGUGUUUUCUUCUUGCCCCCACCCCACCUCUGGCUGCUCAGGCAGCUCUCUGUUUCCUUCCUUACUCACCCGCUUCCGAAAACCAGAGCGGUUCCUCUCUCCUUCCCUGUUGGGGAUGCGAUGGGGUCGCUUCCUGACAGAGUGGGGAAAGAGGGACUGUGUCUGUCGUGGUGUGCCUGAGAUGCUGACGUCUUCCGGGGAGGUCACCAGUGAUAGUCCUCGGGCUUUCCCCCAGAUGGUGGGGUGCACAGUGGACCCUCGCAGCCUGGGCGUUGGUUGAGCACCUCUCCUGGCAGCCAGCCCCUCCCAGGGCGGCCAGGGAGCUCUGCUGUAUGGGGAGCUGUCGUGUUUGUUUCUCAACCUGAGGGGUUUGCAGCGAGGUGAAGACAGCAGGGGCCGUGACAGGCAGCAUCCCGGCCAUGCUGAUUCACUUAUCUACCAUGCAGCCACGUCAGCUGGCGGCUGGGCACAAGAGGCGGGAAGGAAGAGUAGUGUUUUUAAAUUACAACUUGGAGUCUCAGGCUGAAAACAUUUGGGGUGGAGAAUUCGAGCUUUCCCCGAGGCUCCGUCUUGGUGGAAACUUCCUUCUUUGGAAGCAGUACAGAUUCCUGAAGAUUCCUGGUGGGGGGCGCUGGAGGAAGCAGCGGACCUAGUGAGAUGGAGAAGCUGUGAGUAUAGUGUGCUAAGCCUCAUCUUUGAACUGCAGAAGAGCCAGAGCCUUUUCAUCUCAGCGUGGACCAUCUCAGGGCUUGAUAGGCUAUGCCCUUAGUUAUUCCCUUGUGGCUGCCACAGCCUGAAACAUUUUGGGGAUCCCUUCUCCUUCCACUGCUUUUGUAGCCCCUUGGAGCCACUCUGAUAGAUCCAGCACCAUUAGCUCUAGGCACAUCGAGUUGUUCCUGUAGGCUCAGCCUCACCUGGUUUGCUUCCCCCUUUCUGGACUCCAUUUGACUCUAACUCUGUUGGGCUGUGUCUAAAAGUCGAACCUAAUCCGCAACAGGGCUUUGCCACCCCUGAGACCUCCAGGAGACUGGACUGCUCUGGAAGGAGCCCCCAAGGGCAGCAGCUGCUGAGUUGGGGCAGGGGAAGGCCCCUAAGGUGCCUGCUCUGAAGGUCAGUGCCCGGCGGGUUGGCUGAGUUCUGAAGCCCGCAUUUCCAAAUCAGUGUUGAUUAUCUUUCCAGUCACGCCUUGUGUAGCUCUGAGGUGAAGGGUGGAUGGCAGGCCUGGGUUAGCCCCCUGCUCUGUGGGGGCCUGUCUGUGGCCGUCUCGGGGAGCCUUGGCCUUUUGGUGGGUAGCACGCUUAACUUUACUUGACGCUCCCAGGUGCCAAACCAUUCAGUGCCUUGGCUGUCUGUCCUACUGCCUUGGAAGAUGGAGUCUUCUCAUCUCUGAGCCUUGACUGACUUAGCUGCUUUUUCAUCUACUCGUGGUGUUGGGACCAAGCCUCCAGGGUUUUCCGAGUAGCUCUGUCCUUGGUGGGAAACAGUUCUCAGGCUGCCCUGCCUCUCGGUAAAGUCAAAGUGUUAGUCACUCAGUCGAGUCUGACUCUUUGCCAUCCAGUGGACUGUAGCCCACCAGGCUCCUCUGUCCAUGGAGUCCUCCAGAUGGGACUACUGGAGUGAGUAGCCAUCCCCUUUUGCGGGGGAUUUUUCAGACCCAGGGUUUGAACCCGGGUCUUCUGCAUUGCAGGCAGGUUCUAUACUGUGUGGCGACCGGGGAAGCCCCGCCUCUUGAUAUCUUGGCCCGUUGGCUGGGGGCUCGCUGGCGGUGCUAAUGACUCCUCUGGUUCUGUGACACAGAAGGUCUGGGCCAAGGAGGGGAUGGGAAGCUCUGCCCUGUGGGGACCCCAGCAUUUAGCCAACUGUGCAUCUAUCUGAACUUGCGCUUUCUAUGCGGCAAAUCCUGGAGUUGGUAUUUUAAGAGCCACUGGAUCUCUGUUUUUGCUGGAGCAUCGGAUAGAAUUAUGAGGUCAGAGAUGGAUACUGUUUGCUGUCUGGAGAGGCAGCACGGAUGAGCAGAGUAGGGCAGGGUUGGCUGUGUAUGCACGGGAGUUUCUUGGCUUCAGAGACGCCCAGUGGCACCUGCUUCUCGCACUGUGCAGGUGUUGUCCAAGGACCAUGUGUUUACAACAGGCGUUGUGUCGUGGACAGUCCUGGGCCCACACUCCUUCUCGCUAAUGGAACUUCUGCCUUCCUGGGUUUCUUGUUCUUGGCAGCCUGAGACCAACAGGAGCAGAGAGCUGGGAGUGUGUAUAAGGAAGAUGCAGUGUUGUUACCUCAGGCAUCACUGGAUUUGGAGUGGGUAGGGUGGGCCCUCGAGAGGCGAUGGUCUGUGAAGAACAGGCCGUGGAGGGUAAUGCAGAAGUCUCCAGUUCACCCUUCAGAACCUGUAAACUGCAACAACCCACUGUGGUCUUGGCUGCUGGACGGUCAAGGACUUUGGCUUCCUGCCUCUCCUGGGCUGGCCUGGACACUUGUCGUGGUGCCCGGGGUGGGAUGUCAGCCUCUUGUGAGGCUGCGAGGUCCGGCUUGUGUGCAGGAGGCACUGGAGCCCAGCUGGUUCGGGCAUCACCUCCUUGGCCAUUGUUGUGUGGCUUCCCUGAUUCAGCAACCUUGACCUGCCCCAGGGCCCAAAGCCAUUGGCAGAAACUCGUAGCCUCUCGCAGGGAAAUGUUCUCCUCUACCCUGAGUCUCCCACCUGCCUGUCAGUCAGUGACCACAUGGGUGAGGCAGGCGAGGGUGGUUCCGGGUCUCAGGGCUGGGCUUCUGGAAAGCUGACUUCUCUGCCACUCCUACCCUUCGCCCUGACCUCAGGGUAGAGUGGGCAAAGUCUCUGUGUCCCAGCAGAUGAGAGAGAGUGACAGCAUGCUCGGGUAGCCGUUGGGGCGAGUCUAGAGCCGAGUCCCCCCUUUGAACUUGGUCUCUGCGCCUUCUGCGGCCCUCCUCAGGCAGUGGGCUGGCUUCAGGGCACUGUCCGGCCACCCUUAGAGGUGGCGCGUGCCUGGCUGGCCCUGCCUCGGGAACAGGGUGAGUAGGUAAAUAGAGACAUAGGCCUUUUUAUUUUUUGUUUUUUGGUCUUUCAGAUGCUUGCACUUUCUUCUUUUCCUCCUACUGCCCUGCACUUACUUGUUAGCACUUACGUAAAUGACCACAUACUCUGUACUUCGCUGUAAAUAAAAACUGAACAGAAAAGAACCCA